ACUUCUUUAAUCAAAUUUAUUUAUCUUAAGUUUCUUAGAAUUUAUUAUAAUUUAUUUCAAUCUAAAACUUUUACGAAUAUGUCAAUCCAAACAGAGUUUUUAAAAUAUUUCUCCUUGAAGUCCUUAAAAGAGUUAACGGAUGACAAAAAGGAAGUAAAUAUUCAUACGCACUCAGUACUCAAAACAGGUUUUAAAGAGUUAGACCCUGCAUUUGAGACAAAAAAGGAAAACACAAUUGAAUUUCAAGAUGAAUCUAAACAUGAUAGUUCAUUUGAUCAGAUAAACUAUGAAACUAGACGUAAUAGAAUGAAAUUACUAUGGAAUAAAAAAUGCAAAAAAAUGGGAACAAAUUCUUCCGAUUCUGAGACUACUGAUGUGAGUGAAGAUAGUUCGGAUAAUGAAUCAUUAGAAGCUUCUAAACUCACAGGAGUUGUGACAAAAGGAAAGAUGAAUUCAGCUGGCAAGGUUUCCAUAAAUGACAGAGCUAGAUCUGCAAAUAAUCUCAACGCUCUGAUUCUUGAAAAGCUAAAAAAUGUCCCUAAAAAGAAGAUUGUAAAAGUAAUAAAACCAAAAAGAUGGGUGGACACAGAAUAUGAGCCAAUAAAAGAAAAUGGUGUCUAUAAAUGUCCAAAAUGUUUUAAGCAGUUUAGUCGUAAUUGGGUUUUACUUGGGCAUAUUAGAAUGCAUACUGGGGAAAAACCGUUUAGGUGUCCUGAAGAUACCUGCGCAAGACGCUACAGUGAUCGCUCAAAUUUGAGGGCUCAUCAACGAAUGAGAGGUCACCAUGACUGGAAACACGUGUGUCAUCAAUGUACCAAACCAUUCUCAAAACUACUUUACCUAAAGCGUCAUUCCAUAGAAUCGUGCCGAAAAUAUUUAUUCAAAAGUCUGAAUUAAUUUAUUUAUAUUGAAUUUUUGGUUUCAGUAGUUCGACUGUCGACCAUAGUGGACAGUGGAUUUGCAAAAAAUUUUCUAUAUCUUGGUUGAAUCCAAUGAAAGGGGAA